CGCCAUACAUCUAUUUGGCAGUGUACCUGUCACACUGGACACGGUAAUAAUGAGUCUGCCUGGACGUCACUAUUCCCAACAGACCGGCCAGUUAGGGAUACGGUAGUGCGGAUCAUGGUCGACAGCCUUUAUGUUCUAGGCUGUCCAUCGUGAGCAUCCGACUUCUAUCACAGCACUGUUGAGCCAUGCGUCGCCCGCCGUGGGUAGUUUGGGCUGUCCUGUUGGGGGUGGCUCGGGUAACGGCUUUCCAUUUGGCCGAGAAGCCGGAGGUAAACGCUGCUUUAAGUCAUAAGGACGAGAUCGUCAGGCUCCACAACGGGUACCGGGGACUGGCAGGCGCCGCCGACAUGCGCGAACUGGUUUGGAGUGACACACUGGCAGGAAAAGCGUUUGGAGAAGCACGGUCGUGUACCUACAAUGGAGCACGCUCUACGUUCGGCGAGAAUAAGUUUUUUGAGGAGAUGUACAGGGAUACUGACGAUAUAAUGGUGGGCAAAGCACUUGACACCUGGUUCUCUGAGAAAAGGUCAUGGGAGCGUUACCCUGGGUGUGCAGAGUCUUGUCAAUAUACACAGAUGGUAUGGGCAGGGACAAAGAAGAUUGGCUGUGCAUUCAAGAAGUGUAACAAUUUGAACAUGAAUGAAGAGUAUGCUGUGAACGCCUGGUUCCUGAUCUGUCUAUAUGACGAAAAAGGCAAUGAUGGAAUACAUUUGCCGUUCAGGAGAGGAAAAGCCUGUACACUCUGUUCAACAAAUGAGAUAUGUAAGCAGGGUCUUUGUGCAAACAAUACUACACAGACAACGACUAAUCAAGGAACUGCUAAUGCCAACGUAAAUGUAACGCAUGCUACAUCCCUCGCUAACAACACAGACGCAGAUUUUUGGAAGCGAGUUCAUCAAAAGGCAUACGAGCAAAGUAUGGAAUACAACAGAGCAAAUAUGUCAAAGACGUCAACAGCGGACAUAAGAAUCAAAACCAUGGGACAACCACAACAAACGCAACAGCAACAAAAUGGAGUGAAUGUUUAUGACUUUUUUAAGCCAGUUACACCACCAAAUAUGGCCGCUGACCGAAACCUCAAGAAUAUCAAAACCAACAGUUUUAUUCAGCAGUCAACGCAACAGGGUGGUAGGAAGAAUCAGGGGUCGGACACAUUUUACACCAACCAAAAUGUUCCGGUACCGUCUGAUAAUGGAAACCAUGGGUAUAUUCAACAAGGUGGUCAGCAGCAAAAUGCUAUGAGCAGACGUUACAUGGGGCGACAGCAACAGCCCGGAACAAACGGUGGUUAUCCAGGUCAACCUCAACAAAUAAAAACAAACGGUGGUUACCCAGCUCAACCUCAACAAAUAGAAGCAAACGGUGGUUAUCCAGCUCAAACUCAACAAAUAGAAACAAACGGUGGUUAUCUUCAUAAACCGCAACAUUCUGGAAGAGUUGACAACCAGGACACUUCAAAUACCUGGUCUAUAAACCCGAAUAGUGCCAGAUCAAACGGACGUGCACAACACACUUACAUCAACCAAGGAGGAAAAACUGUUCCGAGCCCCACUCAGCAAAGCAUGAAUGUUUUCGUUACAAGAGCUUUCCAUGCAAAUACCAAGGGUCGAAAAAUGAACAAAAGCGAAAGUAGACAUAACGGAUUUACUCAAAGAACAAGGCAACCGGUGCAUCCCACUAAAGCUACAGUUGCAGUAGGACCGUCCCAACUACCAGCAAUGGAAACAGUUGGAAAGGAGUCGGCGGCAGGUGAUAUAAGUUUCAGAAUGCCAGGUCCAACCGCCAUUACAAGCUUUAAUGACAACGGGUUCAACGGACAGUCCGGAAACAAGUUUUCCCGUAAUAUCAAUAUCAGAAUUCCUGAACAGAGUCAACGUUUUAAUAAUAACAAAAGAGGACGAAACGGACAAUCGUUCGAUCAAAACAAUAAUAAUAAAAAUAACUGGGGACAAAAUCAAAACCAACAGCUCAACGCUAACAGUCCCGGUCAAAAUAACAGAUUUAAAUCAAAGCAAUCUGUGCAAUUUACUAGCAACAAAAAUACUAAUAAUAAGUCAUUCAAAUCUAAUCAAUUCGUCCCGUUCAGCGAGUUAAAGAAGAACGCUCAGAAUGGUUGGGAUCCUAACAAAGUUGUUGUACCACACGAUAGCGAGAACUCCAAAUUCUCUUUGUCGACUGAUACAGGGAAGAAGAGCUUUGUUUUCAGUGGAGAUCCACAGGAGAUUGGUAACAGAAGUUCAAUAAUUCCACGCAAAGAAGUGCAAACAGCUGGUUUUCAAGCACAAAACAACGCUAUUUACAAUGACUACAACUACCAGAAUAGUUACACAACACCAAGCGCAACAACAUCAAGAACAACAACAACAACAACACCCAGGGGCGUUUCUGGUAGCUGUGUUGACACAGACCCCUACUGUGAGGGCUGGGUAGUAUAUUGCAAGGACAACAUACAUGUGUUUGAGAACUGCCGGAAGACAUGUGGCACUUGUUCAAUACCUCCACCACCAGACGCACAACCUACCAUGUCGUCCAACUACGGUCGGGCAGCUAUCGCAAGUCAGUCAGACCAAGGAGCGGGGACUUGGAAUUUUCAGCAGCAGACAACUGCUAGAACAACUUCUCACCGGCUGGCCAAUUUGUGGAUAACAUUUCCUCCAAAUACCACUACAACCACCACCACCACCACCACUACCACUGCCGCGCCUCCAAACACAACGGUAAAAUGGACAACGACAUAUAAUAGGGCUCCCGUCGCUACAACAACCCCGGGCCAGCAAUGGAAUAACAAUGCUGGUGGCGGUUGGAACUCUGCACCUCCGCGAUGGGAGACGCAAACAAUUCAGCCACAGCAGCAGCCUUCUCAGAAUCAACAGGGUUAUCAAUAUAAUUCGCAACAACAGCAAUCCUUUGAACAGCAAUCACCUUAUCAAGAGCAACCUCAACAACAGUCUCCGGGAAGACGAUCCUCUUAUCAGCAAUCCGGUUAUCAGCAAUCUCCGACAAAGCUUCCUCCUAACUACCAAUUUCCGCCACAACAGAAACUCCCCAAACAAGUAUCCUCCCAACAACCACCUUUGCAACAACGAUCUUCCCAGCAGCAGCAGCAGCAUCGCCCUACCUCUCAACAUAACCGGCAUAAUCAGAAACCGAUGAUGCAACAGGCACAACAAGGAAAGCAACAAACUCAACAACGAAACCAACAUAUUCAGCGCCCUAACCAGCGCCCUAACCAGCGCCCUAACCAGCGCCGUAAUCAACGCAACCCCCGUAACAAACGGCCAAGGAACCCAUCAAGGCUUCGGAAACAGAAAAAUAACAAAAAUAUACUCACGAAUUAUUCUCCCUGGGGACCUGGGGGAAACAAUGCUGGGAAAGCGUUCCUACCAGCCCCCACAACGACAACACAAAGGCCGACCACGACUACAGGAGGCUGGGUGACUAUUGAUUCAAAGACGUUACAGAUACUGGAAAAGAACGCGACACUUCCGAAAACAGGAACCGUUGUUGAUAAGGUGACGACUGUGUCUCCUGCAAAACAUUCCCCAUCAACGCAUCGACCUGCACCUCAUCCUCCCGCACAUCACCAACCUCCGCCCCAUCAUCCCACACAUCACCAACCUCCGCCCCAUCCUCCCGCACAUCACCAACCUCCGCCCCAUCCUACCGCACAUCACCAACCUCCGCCCCAUCCUCCUGCACAUCAUCAACCCCCACCCCAUCAUCCCGUUCAUCCUCAGUCCGAGCCUCAUCCAUCCCCUCCCCAUCAGACUGCGACACAUCCGACCCCUCAUUAUCAACCUGAACCCCAUCUCGGAACGCAGCCAUUCUUUCCACCAUCUCCACCUCCGACCCCGCCGUUUAAUCCCUUUUUUACGCCCUGUGAUGAUGCGGAUGCACAGUGUCACACAUGGACAAGUUACUGUGGGCAAAAUCAGUAUGUGGAUCAGAAUUGCCCCUACACAUGCGGACGCUGUAACCAAUUUAUGUUUUAGUAAGACUACACUUGGUGACUAAACCGGGCUGGGCACUCUAGAAGGCAUUGGUAGUGAUCUUGUUACCGACAGCAUAAAUAUGCAUAUAUGAUAAUGGCAGUAUGUUGGUCGUGUUUAGGUGAGGGUAAAUUUAUAUUGUUACGAGUGACUUGAAAGCCUUGCAAAUUAGUGUAUACAAUGUAUACAUUUACAGGUAUAUACUCGCGCGUUUCAUGAGCCCCUGCUGAUGACGCUGUUAAUUCGAUUGCAACUUAAUUUCACGUUAGGAUGCUGUUGGAGAAAAAUAAACAGUCACCCAUAAUGGAUUAAGACAAGACAGUAUAGAAGUUUAGCACUCAUCAGAUUUUCUUGCUAAACUUCGAAAAGCUUACCAUCGGGUCGAGAUUUAUUAGUCUGUGUACUUCACACGAGGACGUGUAUAUCCAUCCAGGAAAGAUAAAUAAUAAUAGCAUAUGGCUUUGCGAAGAGCACAAUAUACCAGCCUCCACGUGCCAUAUGUGCUAAACGAUCAGUGGAAUUAUUCUUCAACAAAUACAUAGAGUUUGAACUGACGUUUUGGUAGCUAAUGAGGCGAGAAAGAUAUACAUGUAUUUGCUAACAGAUGAGCGACUGUGUUUGUGAGUUUUGUUUGCAUGCGUUCGGAAAUUAUGUUAUUUUUGCAGAUUGUAAACACAAAUAAUGUUAGCCGCUAACCUGAUUAUGUAUAUCUAUAGGGUUACCUUGGGCGGUUAAACAGUUCAAAGCAAAUCUAUAAUACAUUUUUUAAUUCCUUGUUGGGCGAAUUCAACUAUGCAAAUGUGGACUACUGCGUCUCACGUCGUUGGCACAUUUCUGUGAUACUUCGUAUAUUUCAUGAAGAAAGAUAAUAACCUGAUGUCAUGUGGUUAUGUCCAUUUAUCACGUGGAUAGAAUAAAAAAA